CGAGGGACUUGUUUUGAAAGCUGAAGUCCUAGAACAGACAUGGACGCCACCGCGGAGCGUGUUUUACAGUACCUGACAGAGGUUGAAGUAGCUGCAGAGGAUGUCCUCUCAGAUAAACAGCAGAUGGUAGACCUCGAUAAGAAAAGAAACGCGAACAGGGAGGCACUCAAUGCUUUACGAAAGGAUUUAUCCGGUGAUGGUAAAGCUAAAGUCUGUAUGGGCAACAUGUUCAUCAAAUUUCCAAAAGACAAAACCAAACAGAUGCUUGAAAAAGACCAAGAACAACUUGACAAGGAAAUCAUUGAUCUCCGCAACAAACUCAAGGUCAAAGUGAAUCGUCUAAAUGAGUUACAAGGGAAACCUGAACUCACGGGGUACAACCUCUGCCCCCUCUCAAACGAGGAGAUGAAAGCCAUAAGCAGCAUCCUGAGGACAUGACCUCCCUCUCACACACUCACACACACACACACACACACACACACACACGGACCAGACGUUAGACCACGUGCACACCGGAGCGGGUGUGGUGGUCCAGUUGGGGUGGCAAGCCUGAACCUGAGACUGUUAUCACAUCGCUAAUUCCCCCAGCGGGAGUGUGACGAGGGGACUUGGUUAUGCCACUGAACUCUCCCACAUGGACUCAGUUGUGGGGUCUGUCAGUCAUGAUAGUUUUCAUUUUGGUGAAAAGUGUGAGUCAGUUACAGACCUUUUUGCACAGUUUUUUUUUGGACAAACCAUGUCCAUUCAAUUCAUAUGGAGUUUUAUUAAAGAGUA